AUGUCUGUCGCAACUCAACCACCAAAGACCAAGGACACAAAGGCCUUCCUUACUGAUUUCAUGAUGGGUGGUGUCUCCGCCGCUGUCUCUAAGACCGCAGCAGCACCAAUCGAGCGUAUCAAGCUCCUCGUCCAAAACCAAGACGAGAUGAUCAAGCAAGGCCGUCUCUCUUCCCCUUACAAGGGUAUUGGUGACUGCUUCGGACGUACCUACAAGGAUGAGGGUCUUGUAUCCUUCUGGAGAGGUAACACCGCCAACGUUAUCCGUUACUUCCCAACCCAGGCACUCAACUUUGCCUUCAAGGAUUACUUCAAGUCCCUCUUCGGUGCUAAGAAGUCUGACGGAUACUGGACCUGGAUGGCUGGUAACCUUGCAUCAGGUGCUGGUGCUGGUGCUUCAUCCCUCUUGUUCGUCUACUCUCUUGACUUUGCUCGUACUCGUCUCGCAAAUGACGCUAAGUCCGCUGCCAAGGGCGGUGAGCGUCAAUUCAACGGUUUAGUCGAUGUCUACAAGAAGACCCUCGCUUCCGAUGGUCUCGCUGGUCUCUACAGAGGUUUCGGUCCAUCAGUUGUCGGUAUUGUUGUUUACAGAGGUCUCUACUUCGGUAUGUUCGACUCUUUGAAGCCAGUUUUGCUUCAAGGUUCAUUGUCAAACUCUUUCCUCGCUUCCUUCUUGCUCGGUUGGGGUGUCACUACUGGUGCUGGUUUGGCUUCAUACCCACUUGACACCAUCCGUCGUCGUAUGAUGAUGACCUCAGGUGGUACUGGUCCUCACUACAGAUCUAUGAUGCACGCUGCUGCUGAAAUCACCAAGACUGAAGGUACCUCUUCCUUGUUCAAGGGUGCUGGUGCCAACAUUCUUCGUGGUGUCGCAGGUGCUGGUGUUCUUUCCAUGUACGACAAGCUCCAAGAAAUCCUCUUCGGUACCGUUUACAAGUAA